UCUGUGGACUGUGGCCGAUUAGAUUGCGUUGCAAUUUACGUGUUGAUAGCGAAAUUAUUCUCGAAAACUUCCUACUUCAAAUUAAAAAACAGAACUAAUUAAAUAAAUUGUUUUGAUUUCUCAAAAAUGGCGGAUAGUGAUGAUGAAUACGAUCGUAAAAGGCGCGACAAAUUUCGCGGUGAAAGAGGCGCUGCUGAGGGAAGCAGCUAUAGAAGCAGUGAUAGAAGAGAAGAACGAAGUAGAGGUCGAGAAGAGUGGUCCGAAAGGUCUCGAGGAGGCCGUUCAGGUCCUGACUAUAGAGACUACAGAGGAGGGGGUAGUGCAAGCAGAAGUUACUCGCCCAUUAGAGGUGAAGGUCCGCCGAGCAAGAGAAUAAGGCCAGACUGGCCAAUUGACGACAGAAGAUAUGGAGCUAUGCCACACGAUUCUUACGGCUCAUAUGGAUGGGCACAUGAUCAUUUUGGACCUCAUCCUGCACAUCAAGGUUAUGGGCAACCUAUGCCGCCUGUACCAGCUAGGGAUGCUGUACUGCCAAUGGGCCCCUCUGAUGGUCCACCCACCAUGAUGUCUUUCAAGGCAUUCCUGGCUGCACAAGAUGACUCUAUCACUGUGGAUGACGCUAUUCAGAAGUAUAAUGAAUACAAGCUUGAGUUCAGAAGACAGCAAUUGAAUGAAUUUUUUGUAGCUCAUAAAGAUGAAGAAUGGUUCAAGAUUAAAUACCAUCCUGAGGAAUCGGUGAAACGCAAAGAAGAACAAUUAGGCGCACUUAAGAAUCGACUUAAUGUAUUCUUGGAACUCUUGGAACAAGGAGAUCUUGAUAAAGUUACAGUUGAUGUGGACAAAUCUGACAAACUAAUAAGAUUGUUAGAUACAGUAGUAAUUAAACUUGAAGGCGGAACUGAAGAAGACUUGAAAGUUUUAGAUGAACCAACUCCAGUAGAAAGUACAAAUAAUGAUAAACAAGAGAAAGUUGAACCAGAAAAACCUGUUGUUAUUGAUGUUGAUGCAGUCAAAGUAAAAGAUGAGAAAGAAGAGACAGAGAAGAAAGACAAACAGGACAAGAAAUCAGAUUCAGAUCCUACGAAACCAACAGCUCCUCUUACAAUGGAGAUUGAUCCACAUUUGAAGCAGCUUCAAGAACAAGCUAAGUUGUUCUCGCGGUUCAACAGUGCACCAGGCACUGAGCCAGAUCAAGAAGUGCCAGAAAAGGAACCCCCACCUCCGGGCUCGUCCUCUAGUUCCUCAUCAUCAAGUUCAUCAUCUUCUAGUUCGGAAGAUGAAGGCGAGAGUUCAACGCGACGCAAAUCUAAAUCUAAGUCCAAAUCCAAAUCGAAGAGUCCCGUGAAAUCGCCAAAACCAAAAAGUCGCUCCACUUCACCAAGCGUUGAAAAGUCUGCAGAAACUAGUGAAGUUCCCAAGGACAAAGAUGGCGACGAGAAAUCUGAUAAUACAAAUGACGCUGCUAUAGAAAAGAAGGAAACAAGAGCACUUCACAAAACAACUUCUAUUUUCCUAAGAAAUCUAGCUCCGACUAUAACAAAAGCAGAAGUUGAAGCUAUGUGCAAACGCUACGGAGGAUUUUUACGUGUAGCAUUAGCUGACCCAUUGCCCGAACGUCGUUGGUUCCGACGUGGAUGGGUAACAUUCCGACGUGAAGUAAAUAUAAAGGAUAUUUGCUGGAAUCUGAAUAACAUACGGCUCCGAGAAUGCGAGCUCGGUGCGAUAGUGAACCGCGACCUCCAGCGGCGCAUCCGUCCCGUGACGGGCGUGACGCUGGAGCGCGCGGUGAUGCGCGCGGACGCCCGCCUCGCCGCGCGCCUCGCGCACCUGCUCGACUCGCGCACCAACCUGUGGGACGCCGCCAACGAGGCCGCUGUGGAGAGCAAUAUGGACUCUAACGAUAACAUCAGCUUUAACACCAAGAAUCCCGUUUUGCACAAAAUCACCGAGCACUUGAUUGAAGAAGCAUCUACAGAAGAAGAGGAGUUAUUAGGUCUAGAAGCUUCCACAGAGCAGAAUAACCAAGAACAGCCAGAUCCCGAGUUGAUGCGUGUUCUUGACCGUCUAGUGUUGUACUUGCGUAUCGUACACUCUGUGGACUAUUACAACCACUGCGAAUAUCCUUAUGAGGAUGAGAUGCCCAAUCGCUGUGGCAUUAUGCAUGCUCGUUCCGGCCCGCCAUCUAACAAGCCUACCCAACAAGAGGUACAAGACUACAUCAAAACAUUUGAGAGUAAGAUGUCUGCAUUCCUGCAAGAUGUAAAACCAUUAUCUGACGAAGAGUUACAGAAACUUGGAAUAAAGGACCCUGAAGCAGAGGUGGAGAAAUUCAUUCAAGCUAAUACCCAGGAACUAUCUAAAGACAAAUGGUUGUGCCCACUCAGUGGGAAGAAAUUCAAGGGACCAGACUUUAUUAGAAAACAUAUAUUUAACAAACAUGCUGAAAAGGUGGACGAGGUGCGGCGCGAGGUGUCGUACUUCAACGCGUACGUGCGCGACGUGCGGCGGCCGCAGCAGCCUGAGCCGGCGGCGCGGCCCGCGCACCACGCGCACCCCGCGCACCCCGCGCACGCCGCGCACGCCGCGCACCACGCGCCGCCGCCCGCGCCGUACGGCGGUGGUGGUGGUGGUGGCAGUCGCGGCUGGGGCUGGGGCGGCUGGGCCCCGCCCGCGCCCUACGCGCCGCGACACCCGCGCUUCACCAGACCUAGGGAAAAUGUGGAUCGCUCCCGGCCUAUUAUAGCUUACAACGAUCUUGACUUCCCGGACAGUGGCGACAUAUUUUAAUUUACCUCAUUUGCAUGUUAUUUCAAUUUAAAUAUAUUCCAUUCGGACCUUUCCAUCAACCAUUAUAAUAUAUACAAUUAUGUAUUUUGACAUGGUCAUAUUUCUGUGCAUUAUAGUAGAGUAUAUUUACAAAGUUAGAACAAAAUAUUCGUACAUUGUACUUUCGAUUAUUGUAAUUUGGUAUUUUUAUAUUUAUCUUAGUACAAAACUUUUUGUAUUGUAGACCAUAAACAUCACGAAUCGCUUAUAUUAUUGUAUAAGUACGUAACUGAAAUAAAAUGUCCGGAAAAUU